AUGCGUGUAUUUCAGCCGCAGCCUGGAGACCAUGAAAAGUAUGGGGGUGACCCUGAGCAGCCCCACAAAAUCCACGUUGUUACUAGAAUAAAAAGUGUAGUUGGUCGCCCGUAUUGGGAAAAGAAGAUAAUACGUGAUCUUGGACUGGAUAAAGCGCAUCGGCCAAGACUGCACAAAAACAUCCCUUCUGUGAAUUCCAGACUGAAAGUUGUUAAACAUCUGAUAAGAAUACAGCCGCUGAAACUACCUUACGGGUUGCCAACAGAGGAGGAAAUGUCGGACACCUUUCUUACAAGCAAGGGAGAGCUUGUCAUUAAACGGCGUCUGAAACCUGUGGAGCAGAAAGAGAUUCAGUCAUAA